GCGGGGGCAGGGAGCGAAUCACGCCGCGUCGCGCCCCGCCCCCCUUUCCCCUCAGCCGCCGCCGCCGCGCCACCUCCUUGCCUCAGGCAGGGCCUUUGCCAGCCUGCCAGCCACCCGCCCUCCUCAGGCUCAGCCACCGCCACCGGUUCUUCUGCUGUACUGACAGUAUUGCUACAAGGAAGUAUUUGUGAUUGAUCACAAUGUGGCACAGUGUAACCCACCAAAGGGAACCAAUUUUUACACCAAAUGAUCACUAAUACUAAUGAAUUAUCUUUUGGGGAUCAAGGAUUUCCUAGGAUUAUGUAAGACAUUUGCAAUGGAAAUGCACUUCAUAUUAAUGGGGUAUUUUAAACACUUCAAGACAUUAUUUCUUCAAAUGUGCUAAUGGAUGUGGACAUGGCUUAGAUAAGGUGUUGACCACUGCAAAUUUUCUGUUGCUGUGUGCUGCCGAAAGGCUAGCUGACUCCAUUUGGAGUAGUGUCAAACUAGCACAGAUAUAUCAAGAUGACAGAUCCUAUGAUGGACUUUUUUGAUGAUGCCAACCUCUUUAGUGAUACCUUAGAAGGUUUGUCUGAUGAUGCUUUUGUACAAACUGGACCUGUUUCACUUGUUGAUGAAUUGAACUUGGGUGCAGAGUUUGAACCUUUACACAUCGACUCGUUAAACCAUGUGCAGGAAAUGCAAACUCAACAAAAGAUAAAUGAAUUUGGGCAGCUAAAUCAGUAUGAUUCAUUGAAACUUCAAGUAAACCAGUCCUUCAGCAGCCCAGCUGAAAAUGUUUUAUCACCACACACUGAGUUUAAUUGCUCACCCAUCCAUCCCCAAAGCCAAACCAAUGGGAUGUUUCCUGAUGUGGCAGAUGGAAGCCCAAUGUGGGGACACCAAACUUCUAGCAGUGUUUCAAAUCAGAAUGGAUCCCCUUUUCAUCAAGGUCGUUCACAAUCUAUGCAGCAGAACAAAAGCUUUGUAGCACACCAUGAUUUUGCCUUAUUUCAGGCCAGCGAACAGCACCAUCCGUGUGCCUCAUUGCAGUCGCAGCAAAACAGAAAUGGCAUCAAUGCAGGAGAGGACACUCAAAGUCAGUCAGAAAACUUCAUGGAGGUUAAUGCAUCUGUUCCACAUAGAACCAGUGUUUCUCAUGCACCUCAAGGUGCUACUCUUUCAGACUCACAACAGUCUAUCUCUGUUCAGCCAUUUUCUCAGACUGCAAGUGACUCACCUCACUUUUGUGGGAAUCAAGAAGGAAACUUUGAUGGACACUCUCCUACAACAACUCCAUGCUCUGUUGUUAAUACACAGUUUUCACCUCCUUAUUCCUACUCUAGUAACCAUGUCUCUCCUACCAGUCUUCUACAGUCUUCGACAGCUCUUUCUGUUAGUCAGCAAACUCAUUCUCUAUCUGAUUUUCCAGAGAGUGAUGCCUUUGCUCCUCAGAUAGGGACCAAGCAAGAAAAUACAGAUAACAUCCUUAACUCAAGUCCAUCUUUAAAUUCAAACAAUUUCCAUGUGUUGCAUUCAGCACAUCCUCGGGGCAGCUUCAGUAGUUCAAAACUGUCUGCAGUGAACAUUAAUUUUUCUGCUCCUGCUGGCUCUGGUCCUCAGCUGAGCUAUUUCAGUGAUCCUAUAGAAGGCAAUGGUUUUUCGUCUUUGGAUGAGAAUUUGCUUCAUCAAGUCGAAUCUCAAGCUGAAUCAUUUACGGAACUUGAUCCAGAAACUCUCCUUCAGGAAGAUCUCCUUCCCCAGUUCAAUGAUUCUACAUUUGUGCAGGACAGCUCAAGUAAUGAGUUAGAACACCACCUAGAACACCAUGUUACCCCACAAUUGACAGAGCCCUCCCACCUUGUUCGGACUCAGUCUCAAAAUUGCAAUCAUCCCUGGUAUCCUCCUAAUUCUAAUCAACACCUGCAAGAGCGAAAGCGUGUAAAUGUUCAUGGGCAGCCUCCUUCCUCCAAGAAAACAGAUAGUUCUGGGACAUAUGCUAAGUUGCAGAAUACCCAGGUGAAAUCUAUGUCUGAGAAAAAACAGAAAAAAAAGGUGGAAUCUGAAAGUAAGCAGGAGAAAGCUAAUCGAAUAAUAUCGGAGGCAAUAGCAAAAGCAAAAGAGAGAGGGGAGCGAAACAUUCCACGAGUAAUGAGUCCAGAAAACUUCCCAAGUGUUUCAGCAGAAGGAAGAGAGGAAAAGAAGGGCAGGAAAGUUAAAUCAAAACCAAAAGACAAAGAAAGCAAAAAACCUAAAACUGGCUCUUCAUCCAAAACUAAAGAGAGAGCAAAAAUUGGCAAGAUUAUUAUUACUUUGGGCAAAAAGCAAAAGAGAAAAAAUGAGUCUUCAGAUGAAAUGUCUGAUGCUAAGCAGACAACUCAGCAGUCGUUCAAAGAUGAGACUUCUCAGAAGAGAAGAUCAAAUCGACAAAUUAAAAGGAAGAAGUAUGCAGAAGAAGGUGAAGGAAAACAAUCUGAGGAAGAAACCAAAGUUUCUGUCAAAAUAAAAAAGAAUUCUGCCCCUUUACCUGCUGAACAGCCUUUACAGUUAUUUGUAGAGAAUCCAAGUGAAGAAGAUGCAGCAAUUGUAGAUAAAAUUUUAUCUUCCAGAAUCAUAAAGAAAGAAAUUCCUGGUGGAGCGACAGUGGAAGCCGAGGAAUUUUUUGUUAAAUACAAAAACUACUCCUACCUCCAUUGUGAAUGGGCUACUGAACAACAGCUUUUAAAAGAUAAAAGAAUCCAGCAGAAAAUCAAACGUUUCAAGCUGAGGCAAGCACAAAGAGCCCAUUUUUUUGCCGAUAUGGAGGAAGAACCUUUUAAUCCCGAUUAUAUUGAAGUAGAUCGUGUGUUAGAAGUGUCCUUUUGUGAAGAUAAGGACACUGGAGAGCCUGUUACUUACUACUUAGUAAAAUGGUGCUCGUUGCCAUAUGAGGAUAGCACAUGGGAGCUGAAAGAAGAUGUUGACCAAGGAAAAAUAGAAGAGUUUGAACAGCUGCAAGCUUUAAGACCUGAUUCAAGGCGGUUGGAUCGACCUCCUUCUAAUUCAUGGAAGAAGAUUGAGCUGUCCAGGGAAUAUAAAAAUGGCAACCAACUCAGGGAAUACCAGUUAGAAGGGCUCAACUGGCUACUUUUCAACUGGUAUAAUAGACAAAACUGCAUUUUAGCAGAUGAAAUGGGUCUUGGCAAAACCAUCCAGUCAAUAACAUUCCUGUAUGAAAUCCUCCGGACUGGUAUAAGAGGGCCUUUCUUGAUCAUAGCUCCCCUUUCCACCAUAGCCAACUGGGAAAGAGAGUUCCGCACGUGGACUGAUCUUAAUGUUGUGGUAUAUCAUGGAAGUAUGGUUAGCAGGCAGAUGAUACAGCAGUAUGAGAUGUAUUUCAGAGAUUCGCAGGGUCGCAUCAUUAGAGGUACAUACAAGUUCCAGGCUAUCAUUACUACAUUUGAAAUGAUUCUUGGUGGCUGUCCAGAACUCAAUGCCAUUGAAUGGCGCUGUGUUAUUAUUGAUGAAGCACACAGAUUGAAGAAUAAAAACUGCAAACUUCUAGAGGGGCUCAAACUCAUGAAUCUUGAGCACAAGGUGCUAUUGACAGGCACACCACUGCAAAACACAGUAGAAGAACUUUUCAGCCUUCUUCACUUCCUUGAACCUUUGCGCUUCCCAGCAGAAUCGACAUUCAUGCAAGAGUUUGGAGACCUUAAAACAGAGGAGCAGGUGCAAAAGUUGCAAGCUAUCCUGAAACCAAUGAUGCUGAGAAGACUGAAAGAAGAUGUAGAGAAGAAGCUGGCACCAAAGCAAGAAACAAUUAUUGAAGUGGAAUUAACGAAUAUCCAAAAGAAAUAUUAUCGAGCUAUUUUAGAGAAAAACUUUUCAUUUUUGUCAAAAGGUGCAGGCCAAGCCAAUGUACCCAACUUGGUUAACACUAUGAUGGAACUCAGGAAAUGCUGCAAUCAUCCAUAUCUUAUCAAAGGUGCUGAGGAAAAAAUCUUAGGAGAGUUUAGGGAGACCUAUAAUCCAACUGCUCCUGAUUUCCACCUGCAAGCAAUGAUCCAGUCUGCUGGAAAACUGGUCCUCAUUGACAAACUUCUUCCAAAAAUGAAAGCAGGGGGCCAUAAGGUGCUUAUUUUCUCUCAGAUGGUUCGCUGUCUUGAUAUCCUUGAAGAUUAUCUGAUACAUAAAAGGUACCUGUAUGAGCGAAUUGAUGGAAGAGUAAGAGGGAACUUACGUCAGGCUGCCAUUGAUCGAUUUAGCAAGCCAGACUCUGAUCGGUUUGUUUUCCUUCUCUGUACCAGAGCUGGUGGAUUGGGCAUUAAUUUAACUGCAGCAGAUACUUGCAUAAUUUUUGAUUCUGACUGGAAUCCUCAGAAUGAUUUGCAGGCCCAAGCUCGUUGUCAUAGGAUUGGUCAGAACAAAGCAGUGAAGGUCUACAGAUUAAUAACUCGGAACUCUUACGAAAGAGAGAUGUUUGACAGAGCAAGUCUGAAGCUUGGCCUGGAUAAGGCUGUCUUACAGAGCAUGAGUGGAAGAGAAAAUAGUAUUGGUGGUAUCCAACAACUUUCUAAAAAAGAAAUUGAGGAUUUGCUUCGAAGAGGUGCAUAUGGUGCCAUUAUGGAUGAAGAGGAUGAAGGUUCUAAAUUCUGUGAAGAAGAUAUUGAUCAAAUCUUGCAGCGUCGCACAAAAACAAUUACAAUUGAAUCUGAAGGGAGGGGCUCCACAUUUGCUAAGGCUAGCUUUGUUGCAUCUGGAAAUAGGACAGAUAUUUCAUUAGAUGAUCCCAAUUUCUGGCAGAAGUGGGCCAAAAAAGCAGAAAUAGACAUAGACACCAUCAGUGGUAGAAAUAGCUUGGUUAUUGACACUCCUAGAAUUAGGAAGCAAACAAGGCCUUUCAGUUCUACAAAGGAUGAACUUGCUGAGCUGUCUGACAUUGAAAGUGAAGGGGAUGAUAAACCAAAACUUCGGAGGCCUUGUGACCGCUCAAAUGGAUAUGGAAGAACAGAAUGUUUUCGGGUGGAAAAAAACUUGCUAGUUUAUGGGUGGGGCCGUUGGAGAGAGAUUUUGUCACAUGGGCGAUUCAAGAGACAAUUGAACGAACAGGAUGUAGAGAUAAUCUGCCGAGCCCUUCUAGCAUAUUGCCUUGUCCAUUACAGAGGAGAUGAAAAAAUAAAAAGUUUUAUAUGGGACCUUAUUACACCAACAGAGGAUGGGCAAACUCGAGAGCUACAGAAUCACCUAGGUUUGUCAGCUCCUGUCCCCAGGGGCCGAAAAGGAAAAAAAGUUAAAACUCAGGCCAGCACUUUUGAUAUUCAUAAAGCAGAAUGGCUUCGAAAGUAUAAUCCAGAGCAUUUGUUGCAAGAUGAUGGGUAUAAAAAACACAUAAAACACCACUGCAACAAAGUCUUACUUCGAGUUAGAAUGUUGUAUUACUUGAAGCAAGAAGUCAUUGGUAAUGAGUGCUCAAAAGUUUUUGAUGGAGUUGAAGCCAGUGAAAUUGACAUUUGGGUCCCUGAGCCAGAUCAUUCUGAAGUGCCAGCGGAAUGGUGGGAUACAGAAGCAGAUAAAUCUCUCUUAAUAGGAGUUUUUAAACAUGGUUAUGAAAAGUAUAACACAAUUAGAGCAGAUGCAGCUCUCUGCUUCUUGGAAAGAGUGGGAAAACCUGAUGACAAGGCAGUUGCUGCAGAACAGAGAGCCAAUGACUAUAUUGAUGGAGAUGUAGAAGACCCAGAAUAUAAACCAGCCCCAGCAAUGUUUAAAGAUGACAUGGAGGAUGAUAUCUCAUCACCGGGGGAUCUUAUAAUAACAGAUGGAGAUGGUCAGGUGAUUGAAGGGGACAAGCUUUAUUGGCCAACUCAGUCUGCCUUAACUACACGCUUGCGUCGCCUAAUAACAGCAUAUCAGCGUACUAGUAAGAACAGGCAAACCCAACAGAUACAACCUGCAUUUCCAGUCCAGGCCUGUGUGAUGCAGAAUCCAUAUGAAGAAGCUGCUUUAAAUCCAAAAAUGGCUGCCAAAAUUGAAAGACAACAAAGAUGGACAAGAAGAGAAGAAGCUGAUUUCUACAGAGUGGUUUCAACUUUUGGUGUAGUGUUUGAUCCUGAGAGAGGCCAAUUUGACUGGACGAAGUUUCGAGCCAUGGCUAGGCUACAUAAGAAAACGGAUGAGAGUUUAGAAAAAUACUUGUAUGCAUUUAUGGCCAUGUGCAGGAGAGUCUGCCGCCUGCCUUCAAAAGAUGAACUUGUGGAUCCCAAUAUUUUCAUCCAGCCAAUUACAGAAGAGCGUGCCUCUCGAACCUUAUAUCGCAUUGAACUUCUCAGGAAGGUGCGAGAACAAGCUGUCCGUCAUCCACAGAUAUUUGAGCGAUUAAAACUUUGUCAGCUUAAUCCAGAUUUGCCAGUUUGGUGGGAAUGUGGGACUCAUGACUGGGAUUUACUGAUUGGAGCUGCAAAGCAUGGGGUUAGCCGAACAGACUACCACAUCCUUCGUGAUCCUGAACUUUCAUUUAUGUCAGCCCAGAGGAACUACAGUCAAAGUAAAGUAGCACUUCCAAUAACUCCUACACCACUUUUGCAUCAGUAUCAGAUGGUGUUGUCUGCAUCUCCUCUUGCACCUCAGGCAAGGCUGCUAGAUAUUAAAGGGAACACACUUGAGGAUACAAAAGUUAAGAAUGAAAACCAUAAAGAAGAUCCACAUUCUUCUGGAGAGGAGUCCAUAUCUACUGAGGAUAUGCGAAUGGAAGUAAAGACUGAACCUUUGAGCCCAAAUAAUGGCACACCAUCUCAUGCUACAGAUCAGAAACCUGUUGUAAAGGCAGACAGUGACAGGCGUAUGGUUGCUGCAAGGACAGAGCCCCUAACUCCUAACGCUGCUUCCAAAAAACAGAGACCUAACAAGAGAGGAUCAGAAUCCAGCUCUGAUUCAGACUCUGAUUCAGAUAGAUCAACCUGUUCUUCCAGAUCAUCUUCAUCUUCAUCCUCCUCUUCAUCCUCUUGCUCACGUUCCAGAUCAGGAUCCAGUUCCUCAUCUUCUUCAUCUUGUUCUUCAGCAUCAUCGUCAUCUUCAUCAUCCUCUUCGUCAUCUUCGUCAUCCUCAUCCUCUUCGUCAGAAGAAAGCGACAGUGAUGAAGAAGAAUCACAAAAGAGACCAGAAGGAACGCCUCUUUUGAAAGCAUAUGAUGAAGAGAGUGUAGCUUCCCUAAGCACUGUGCAGGAUGAAACCCAGGACAGUUUUCAAAUGAAUAAUGGAACACCAAAUUCUAACUGUAUCUUACAAGGUGGAUAUAUGUUGGCUGCUUCCUACUGGCCAAAGGAUCGGGUUAUGAUUAACCGUUUGGAUAGUAUUUGUCAAACAAUAUUGAAAGGUAAAUGGCCUUCGGCACGGAGAAGUUACGACAGCAAUACCGUGGCUUCGUUUUAUACCACCAAGCUUUUAGACAGCCCGGGUGCCGCUGCAGAGUACAGUGAGCCCAGUGUACCAACACCUCCAAGUGCAGAUGUUAAAGAAGAAAAUGAUCAGUCACCACAGAUGUCAAAGGUGAAGAAGCAUGUACGGGAAAAGGAGUUUACAGUGAAAAUCAAUGACAAGCAGGGGCUUUCUCAGAAAAGACCAUUUGAAAGUGAAGAUGGUACAUUAGGACAGCAGCAAUACCUUGCCAGGCUACAGGAACUUCAGAAUGCUUCAGAGACCAGCCUUGCCAAUUUCCCAAAGUCUUUGCCAGGGUUGGGAACUUCCAGUCAAUCAACAGCUACUGCAAAUGGAAUAAUAUCUGAUGGCCAGCCUGUAAUGAAAAAGAGGAGAGGAAGGAGAAAGAAUGUGGAAGGAGUAGAUAUCCUGUUUAUAAAUAGAAACAAAGCACCUAACCACGUUUGCCAUAGCAUUAAUGUCCCUCAGGUUGCUCCAGGAAUAAACCCAGCACUUCCAUAUGUACCAUCCCACGGCGUGUGUGAUGCAGAAAGCCCAGUUCCAGUUAUUAACUUGAAAGAUGGAACAAGGCUUGCAGGCGAUGAUGCCCCUAAAAGAAAAGAUUUGGAGAAAUGGUUUAAUGAGCAUCCUGGCUAUGUUGAAGAUUUAGGAGCUUUUAUUCCUAAAAUGCAGCUUCAUGAAGGAAGACCCAAACAAAAAAGGCACCGUUGUCGCAAUCCGAAUAAACUGGAUAUUAAUAGCCUUACUGGGGAAGAACGUGUUCAACUAAUCAAUAGAAGGAAUGCUAGAAAGGUAGGAGGUGCUUUUGCUCCACCACUGAAGGACCUGUGCAGAUUCCUGAAGGAGAAUUCUGAAUAUGGAGUAGCUCCUGAAUGGGCAGAUGUUGUAAAACAAUCUGGAUUUCUUCCUGAAAGCAUGUUUGACCGUAUUCUCACAGGGCCUGUUGUGCGAGAGGAAGUGAGCAGGAGAGGGAGAAGACCUAAAAGCGAGAUUGCCAAGGCAGCUGCUGCUGCAGCAACUGCAGCAGCAAGCAUACCAGUCAACCCUUUGUUAGCCAAUGGGCUGCUGCCAGGGGUGGAUCUAUCUACUCUCCAGGCAUUACAGCAAAAUCUGCAAAAUUUUCAGUCACUGCAAGUGACAGCAGGCUUAAUGGGAAUGCCAACUAGUUUGAACACUACUGGGGAGGCGAAAAACAUGGCUGCUGUGUUUCCCAUGCUGCUUUCAGGAAUGGCUGGCUUACCAAAUUUGCUAGGAAUGGGAGGACUCCUCACAAAAUCUACAGAAUCUGUUUCUGAGGAAAAAAAGGGAAAUGACUCAAGAGAGCCCGACGGGAAAAAAGAAAGGACAGAUAGCCAAAAUGCACAUAAUGGUGGAGAAAACUCUGUGUCAGGUUCUCCUUCUACAUCAUCUGCUGCUGCUACUGCUGCUGCAGCCGCCAGCCCCCUUGCUCUUAACCCCUUACUGUUGUCCAAUAUACUUUAUCCAGGGAUGCUUCUCACUCCAGGCCUUAAUCUCCAUAUCCCAGCUUUGUCCCAAUCCAAUAUUUUUGAUGUACAGAACAAUGAAAACAAUGGCACAGGCACAGCCAAGCAAACAGAAGAAAAGGAGGAAAAUUCUAGAGUUAAAGAUCAAGAAGACAAAAGGGGAACACAGCCUAGCUCUCGCAAUGAAAACAGCACAGAUGAGGGUUCAGAGAAAGCCGAUGCUUCCUCUGGGUCAGACAGUACAUCGUCCUCAUCUGAGGAUUCAGAUUCUAGUGAUGAAGACUGACCCCAAACUCUGCACUUAAAUUAUAAACUGAUUUUGAAUUUAUUCUUGAAUUAUUUUGUUGUAAAUAACCAGUGUUGAGUGAGUGCAUCAAUAAUUUAAUGACCGAACAUUUCAGUAUUUGUUUAGAAGUGCAAACUGCUUUCAAAGACGUUUUGCAUGUAAUAUUUCUUGAAGUUCAUAAGUUUCUGAACUUGUACGUACUAUCAAAUACACAAUUGUGUAAAAAAAAGAAUUACAGCAAAAGGCAUUAUAAUUUUGUUUUUUGGGGGGUUAAUUUUUAAAAAUUGCUUAGUAAGAGCUGUAUAUUUAAUAUAUUUGUAGUGAACACAAAAUUCUUUAUGCGCAUUAUUGAUUUAAUUUGAAUAUAGUUUUACAGCCUCCUUGACACCUAUAAUUUACAGAUCAAAACUCAGCAAUAAUUUGGGCAGCUAAUGAAUGUCAUGAAAGCUGUAGAAACUACAUCACCAUCCAUUGUUUUAAUUACAAGAAAAUGCUCUAGUGUUGUGAUGCACUGCUGAUGUUUCCAAUUCAGGUACAACUCUGUUUUAAAAGAAAAGUUUCCCAUUCAGCCAAUUAGAUUGGCUACUUGUUACCUCAGCUGAGUUAGUUUAGGAAGUUUACAUUGGUUUCUCUACUUGUUUUCAUAUUCUGCUUUGCUUUUUAAAGGCAUCCUGUGUAUGUUAAUUUUGCAAGGGAAAUUACCAUUACCAUUUGCACUCUUGUAAUAAUAGUCACAAAAAUCCCUUUCUUACUUUCUUCGACACCAUGGAUACCUUUUUAAUGUUAAGAUUUUGCUCCUUCUACAGCCUUCAUGUUGUUGAGGAGCUGUAUCCACAAGCUGAAAUAACUCAAAGUGCCACUUCAACACUGCAUACUUCAUGUUAUAAGGAUAAGGAUUAGAUCCUUGUGAAAAUGGCUUGUUUUGUUUGUUUCUCUUUUGUGUAUGUUUGUCAUGUAAACUCCUGUAGUUACCAGUUAAUAAUGGUAAGAGGAAAUGUAGUCAUGUUUAAAAAUACUCAUAUUUCUCUGCAGGUUUGAAUUUGACUAUGUAGAAUAAUGUUACCCAAAAUCAAAAUUUAGGGUAUCAUCUACCUGUUAGUUGUAAUAAUGCUGAGUUGCCCAAUAACUUAACUUUUAAAAAGCACUUUCAACAAUGAUGUGAGAAAUGUGUUCCAUGAAACCAUGGUAUGACGGUGCUUAUAAAGCAUCUGUUUGAAUACAGAUCCUUAGAACCUUACUGCAAAGAAUAGAUAUGUGAUAGGAUUCCUUGUUCUGCUGAAGCUGCUAUUACUCUGACAUGGUAGAAUCACAGAUUCACACCAUACAGUGGAACUGAGGUGAAAAGGUGUGAGCUUGUAUUAAUUUCACUUGUGGUCCAAGAAUAGGCAAGUUGAGUGAAUGGGUAAAAAAAAAUACUGAUGAUAUGGUCAGUGACAAAUCUUUUCAAAAGGAAAUAAUUUAGUAUUUUGAUACAGUUCUGUUGCUUGCUUGUACAGUAAACAAGACUGUGUUGUUUUUUACCAAGAUCUUUACCAAUAAAAAUAAAGUUUGUACAUGCAAAAUUAUUAACCCCUUUGACUAGAAAGCAGUAUUACAUGUAAUUACAGCUAUAAAAGUAUCAUUUGGAUUGUGCUGGUUUACUGUAUUUUCCCUCCCCAUAAUAGUAUGACUUGUUUGGCCCUUCAGUGUCUUAGCAAUAGUCAAAACAUGCCACAAGAAAAGGGGUAGCAAUUAUUCAUCAUGAAAGGAUGUAUUACAAAUUUAAUAUUUUGCCCUUUGUAAUAUAGCACUUUUAUUUAUCUUGUAUGUAUCCAUGAUAUAGCCAAAGUUUUCCAAACACGGUUGUUGACUUAGUCAAUGGAGUAUUUCAACAAUAUCACUUUGCACCAUACCCCUACGUACCUCCCCCCAAAAGAAAUCCUAAACAUAAUUUUUAAUAAAUUUAUGAAAUAAAGUAUUUUCCUAAUUAUGGUCAAGUGAAUUUUACUUACCAUUCUAGUGAUAUCUCUCUGUAAUAAGGCAAUUUUACAGUUUCAAUGUGUGACUGAAAGAUUUGAAUAUGAAGUAAAGGUGUUUUUUUUUAAUCAGCAUCAGUUGAAAGGUGAGAAAUAUGUAGCUCUGUCAGCUAAACAAUAUGCAAGUGUGACUGCAUAAAGUCAAGGGUUGUAAAGGAGCCUUUAUUAGAAUUACAUUAAUACUGAAAUUUCAGUACAAAAGAUAUCCAAUAUGGUGAAGAAGUAUAUGUUGGUAGUGACUAAAAAGAAAUUUAGCUCUUAUUGCCUUGUAUUUCUAUCCCUUGUUUCAGGCUUCAUGAUCCGUCUUAGUCCUGUUUUUCUUUUGGACAUUUUGCAAUAUUUGCCAGUUGUGUUCUGUGUAGUCUGAAUUUGCUUUCUUGUAGUUGAAAAAGCGUCUUAAAGUCAUUUGUAAUUUAUUGAAUUACUUUCUAUGAUGUUCUAUAGAGCAAAUGGAAGUUUAAUUAUUUUUUAUUAAACAUAUUCUUUGACAACC